CACAUGGUGGCGCUGUAAGCUAAGGCUGCGAAAAACAGACCUGCGGAGGGGAGGGUUCCGGUUCUGGUAGUCAUUACACAGAUCUAAGGAAGAGAAGAGGAUCCUUAACGGAAUUACCCUGCGGCCAGGAUUGAUUCCCCGGGGCAGACGUCCCGCAGACCCAACAGGCAGCCGCCCCCAAAGACUUCUGGCGCUGAAAAAAAUGGAGGCUGAAGAGGAGCGCUUUCCUACACUAAGGCAAGUCCUGCUUCUCUUUGUUUUUCUGGCUCAGACUAGCGCAGAGCAGAAAGGUUAUAGUGUCGCAGAAGAAACCGAGGGUGGUUCUUUUGUGGCCAAUCUAGCAAAGGACUUAGGGCUGGAGGUAAGGGAGCUGUCUGGGCGGAGGGCUCGUGUCAUUUUUAACAACAACAAAAAACAUUUUCAGCUGAACCUUCAGACUGGGGAUUUACAAGUAAAUGAGAAACUGGACCGGGAAGAACUGUGUGGACCCACUGAGCCUUGUGUGCUGCAGUUCCAGGUGUUACUGGAAGAGCCUUUGGAAGUAUAUAGGUUUAAGCUUUGGGUCCGUGACGUAAAUGACAAUUCACCUGUGUUCCCCAAAGCAGAAAUGAUUUUGAAAAUCAUGGAAAGCACUCCUCCAGGGACUGCGUUUCCCCUAAAAAAUGCACAAGAUUUGGAUGUGGGCAUCAAUAAUGUGCAAAACUAUACCAUCUACCCCAGCUCCCACUUCCACGUUCUCACCAGAAAUGGCAGCGAGGGCAGAAAGUACCCAGUGCUGGUUCUGGACAAAGCUCUAGAUCGGGAGGAGCGGCCCGAGCUGAGGUUAACGCUCACGGCAGUGGAUGGCGGAGCUCCUCCCAAAUCGGGCAGCGCCCUGGUCCUCAUUGAGGUUUUGGAUAUCAAUGACAACGCCCCUGAGUUUGUGCAGCCGCUCUAUAGAGUGCAGGUCCCGGAAAACAGCGCCCUGGGAUCCCUUGUUGUCACUGUUUCCGCUCGGGAUUUAGACGCGGGAAUAAACGGGGAAGUGUCCUACUCCUUCUUUUAUGGCGAUGAAGAGAUCACUAGGACAUUUGCACUCAGUGAGCGCACAGGUGAAAUGACAAUCGUUAGGAAACUAGAUUUUGAAAAAACUGUCUCAUAUGAGGUGGAUAUUAAGGCGUCUGAUGGGGCAGGUCUUUCUGGAAAAUGCACUGUCAUAAUACAGGUGGUGGAUAUAAACGACAACACUCCGGAACUGAAGGUGGUUUCACUCACAAGCUCCAUUCCAGAAAAUUCCCCGGAAACUACCAUAGCUCUUUUCAGUGUUCAAGACCCAGACUCUGGGGAGAAUGGAAGGAUGGUGUGUUCCAUCCAGGAAGAUCUCCCUUUCACGCUGAAACAUUCCGUUGAGAAUUUCUACAAGCUGGUAACAGAGGGACCUCUGGACAGAGAGGACAAGGCAGAGUACAACAUCACCAUCACCGUCACCGACAUGGGGACCCCCAGGCUGAAAACCCAGCACAACAUAACCCUGCUGGUCUCCGACGUCAACGACAACGCCCCCGCCUUCACCCAAACCGCCUACACCCUGUUCCUCCGCGAGAACAACAGCCCCGCCCUGCACAUCGGCAGCGUCAGCGCCACAGACAGAGACGCGGGCGCCAACGCCCAGGUCACCUACUCGCUGCUGCCGCCCCACGACCCGCAGCUGCCCCUGGCCUCGCUCGUGUCCAUCAACGCGGACAACGGCCACCUGUUCGCCCUGAGGGCGCUGGACUUCGAGGCCCUGCGGGCGUUCGAGUUCGGCGUGGGCGCCACGGACCGCGGGUCGCCCGCGCUGAGCAGCCAGGCGCUGGUGCGCGUGCAGGUGCUGGACGCCAACGACAACUCGCCCUUCGUGCUGUACCCGCUGCAGAACGGCUCUGCGCCCUGCACCGAGCUGGUGCCCAGGGCGGCCGAGCCGGGCUACCUGGUGAGCAAGGUGGUGGCGGUGGACGCAGACUCGGGCCAGAACGCCUGGCUGUCGUACCAGCUGCUCCGGGCCACGGAGCCCGGGCUGUUCGGCGUGUGGGCGCACAAUGGCGAGGUGCGCACGGCGCGGCCGCUGGGCGAGCGCGACGCGGCCAAGCACAGGCUGGUGGUGCUGGUCAGGGACAAUGGCGAGCCCGCGCUGUCUGCCAGCGUCACGCUGCACGUGCUGCUGGUGGAGGGCUUCUCGCAGCCCUACCUGCCGCUGCCCGAAGCGGCGGCCGAGCGGGCGCAGGCCGACCCGCUGACCGUGUACCUGGUGGUCGCGUUGGCGUCGGUGUCGUCGCUGUUCCUGUUCUCGGUGCUGGCGUUCGUCGCGGUGCGGCUGUGCAGGCGGAGCAGGGCGGCCUGGGCGGGUGGCUGCUCGGUGCCUGAGGGCCACCUUCCGGGCCACCUGGUGGACGUCAGCGGCACGGGGACCCUGUCCCAGAGCUACCAGUAUGAGACAACGCAUGGUGGCGCUGCAGGCUAAGGCGAAGGGGAAAAAAAAA